CAGUUGAGCGCUGGCGGCUGAAAUAGCAACAGUGCCAUCUUCAAAACACACUCAAGGAGUUGCAGUGCAGGAUCAGGAUCAAGAACAGGAGAGAAGCAAGCAAACAUGGCAGUGGAAACGGUGCAGGAGACGCUGCAACAGGCGGCCAGUUCGUCGACAUCGGUUCUGGGACUGAGUCCCAUGUUGACCACCUUGGUUGGCACCCUGGUGGCCAUGGCCCUGUACGAAUACUGGCGCAGGAAUAGCCGGGAAUACCGCAUGGUGGCCAACAUACCAUCGCCGCCGGAGUUGCCGAUUUUGGGACAGGCCCAUGUGGCCGCCGGCUUGAGCAAUGCCGAGAUCCUGGCUGUCGGCUUGGGCUAUCUGAACAAAUACGGCGAGACGAUGAAGGCCUGGCUGGGCAAUGUCCUCCUGGUCUUCCUCACCAAUCCCAGCGACAUCGAGCUCAUCCUGAGCGGACAUCAGCAUUUGACCAAGGCGGAGGAGUACCGCUACUUCAAGCCAUGGUUCGGUGAUGGUUUGCUGAUCAGCAACGGACACCACUGGCGCCACCACCGCAAGAUGAUUGCCCCGACCUUCCAUCAGAGCAUCCUGAAGAGCUUUGUGCCCACGUUCGUCGACCACUCAAAGGCUGUGGUGGACAGGAUGGGCUUGGAGGCUGGCAAGUCCUUCGAUGUGCACGACUACAUGUCUCAGACCACCGUCGACAUUCUGUUGUCCACCGCCAUGGGUGUGAAGAAACUGCCCGAGGGCAACAAGAGUUUCGAAUACGCCCAGGCUGUCGUCGAUAUGUGCGACAUUAUCCACAAGAGGCAGGUGAAGCUGCUGUACCGUCUGGACUCCAUCUACAAGUUCACCAAGCUGCGCGAGAAGGGCGAUCGUAUGAUGAACAUCAUCCUGGGCAUGACCAGCAAGGUGGUUAAGGACCGCAAGGAGAACUUCCAGGAGGAGGCGCGUGCCAUCGUCGAGGAGAUCUCCACCCCGGUCUCCAGUGCCCCGGCCUCCAAAAAGGAGGGUCUCCGCGAUGAUCUUGACGAUAUCGAUGAGAACGAUGUGGGCGCCAAGAGGCGAUUGGCUCUGCUCGAUGCUAUGGUUGAAAUGGCCAAGAAUCCCGACAUCGAGUGGAACGAGAAGGACAUUAUGGAUGAGGUGAACACGAUCAUGUUCGAGGGUCACGACACCACAUCGGCGGGUUCCAGUUUUGCCCUCUGCAUGAUGGGCAUCCACAAGGAUAUCCAGGCCAAGGUAUUUGCCGAACAGAAGGCCAUUUUCGGUGAUAACAUGCUGAGGGACUGCACCUUUGCCGAUACCAUGGAGAUGAAGUAUCUCGAGCGUGUGAUCCUGGAGACGCUCAGGUUGUACCCACCAGUACCGUUGAUUGCCAGGCGUCUGGACUACGAUCUGAAGUUGGCCAGCGGCCCGUAUACGGUGCCCAAGGGAACCACGGUCAUCGUGCUGCAAUACUGCGUGCACCGUCGUCCUGACAUCUACCCCAACCCGACCAAGUUCGAUCCGGACAACUUCCUGCCCGAACGAAUGGCCAACAGGCACUACUACUCCUUCAUUCCGUUCAGUGCCGGACCCAGGAGCUGUGUGGGCAGGAAGUACGCCAUGCUCAAGCUCAAGGUCCUGCUGUCCACCAUCGUGAGGAACUACAUUGUCCACUCGACCGACACUGAGGCGGACUUUAAGCUGCAGGCCGACAUUAUCCUGAAGCUGGAGAACGGCUUCAAUGUCUCGCUGGAGAAGCGACAGUAUGCCACGGUGGCCUAAGAACCCGAAUAUCCCGAACCCAGCCCUGUAUAUAGUUGAUGAACUCCGCUUUAUAUCCCGAUCCGAGAACCACGAUGACGAACCCAUAUAUAUCCGAAACACCGACGAAGAAGAUCCCAGCACAUAAGCCAGCCAGAGAGUCAACCAAUUUUUUUUUUCGUUUCUUAUACUUUUUUCUCGUUACUUCUAUAUAACUAAUACCUUUUUGUUUGUUGGUCUUGAGCGGGUGGUGCCCCUAUAUAAUGUAUAUCUUUUAACCAACUAUUCAACUGUUUGUGCUCUUCACCUUUUUCAAUUAUUUCUAUCUCUAUACGUUUUUUUUUUCCUAGCCAAGUAGUGUGAUUUUUUUCCCUUAUUCUAUUCUAGUAUUUAUUAAGUCACAAGGUUUAAAUGAAACCCAAAAAAUAUAUAAAAAAUACAUGUACGACAUAGCAAGCAGACAAUGGAGCUGCAAAAAAAACUGUAAUUGCA